CGAACGUUGUAACAGAGAAAGGAAGAGCGUUCGAACUGGCGGAGCCAGAGAACAAAAUGUGCCGGGUGUAUCGCAGUCUACACGAGUCAAGGGACGGCAACGGACCGCUGCUCGAGCUCGCUCUCCAACAAUUUCUAGUUUCUAUAAACAAAACUCUGGACUUUUUAUUAUUUUAUUAUUUUUCAAACCCACGAGAUUCGAGUAUCGAAUUGUCGGAAUUAUUUUACGACGAAACUUUCGGAGGCUCAACGAUAUUUAAAAUUCAUCAAAUUUAAAACUCAUCGGAGGAUUAAAAAGAGCAACAUUGAUGGACAUGGAAAAAUCGGUUGAAAGUAAAUCGACGAAUAUUUCGAUUCAAAAGGAAUUGUAAGAGAAUCGAAAUUUGACGUUCAAACGGAACUCGUUUAUGUUCGAUACGAAAAGGGGUUGAAUUUACGGUUCGAAUGAAAGAAAUUACUGACGUGCGCAACGAAGGCUGGGCUUGGAAGUGAAUUGGAAUAAAAAAGAUCGAGGGGAGGGAGAACGUUUGAGAAAAGGCCUUAAAUCGUGGCGUGUAAGUAAGAAAAAUUAAAUUAACGAGGCCGUUAGAGAGAGAGAGAGAGAGUUUGAUAAAGUCUCGAACGAAAAUGAAGUUCCCCACAAAUAUGGCCACUAAAUAUACACGAUUGUGAGUUUGGUUAAUUCUGACGUACCAGGAUAAACCCACGAGGAUGUGGUGGAGGAACACACGCGCGUAGACGGGAGUAAAGAGCGCCGGAACGCCAGAGAUCGCGUUCGAGGAGAAACAGCAGCACGGACGAGAGACCGAAAGUAAAGGCGUAAGUUUGAGUCGAGUGCUUCUGAGAUAAGCAGCUCGUGCGUACAUCAUCCGGUAUACGCUCCGAAAGACGAAGACGAGGGAGAGAGAGGGAGGAAGAAAAAGAGAAGGAAUAAAGAUCGUAAAACGAACGCUUCGGGUCGACAGUCUCUUAAGAGCGGUUCGGAUGUUGAUACCCCGAGACGUCAUCGGUUUGAACGCCCUCAGUGAAGAAUUUAACAUCUUCAUCAAUGAAAAUUCGCAACUCGGAAGAAAUGAUUUAUUAGCGAUCUUCAUCUCCCGUUGAAAAAACUUGAGGAAACGUUUGCUGCGGCGAAUCUUCGGAACGUCGUGAAGAAUUUUUCGUCAGGCUUCCUAGAAAAAAAAUGAAAAAGGAUUUAGAAUAAUCGGUGCUUCGUCAAACGAGUUGGUUCUAAUUUUAAAAUGUUUUAAUCCCCGUCUCCUUUUUCCCGCCAAUAAACUCCGGAGACUCGAUAAAUAAAUCACCGUCACCGAGGACACUGAAAGCUGAUCUGACAUGAAUAUUUACGUCGAUUUUAAAUUCGGUCGGAAACACGAUAAAAAGUAUGUUGUGAUGCGGAACAGUUUUGAUUUCGUGGGAGUGGAACGAAGAGUGCGCGCUGAUCUUGAAUAAUAAUUACAGUUAAUUAUCUUUUAAAAGUGCAGCAGCAACGUUUAUCGGAGGAUAAUAAAAAGAGACGAGAGCUAAGAGAGAAGAAUUAUCGGGGUGGCUGUUCAGUGUGAUUCAUCGGGGGCACACGUGCGUCCCGCUGUAUUUGUUCUUUCAACAAUAACUCUCAUUGAUCGAUCCGUCGAAUCGAAGGGGUCAAGGAAGGUGAAUUUUACGAGGCUGUGCACGCACACUAGUAAAACUAAACGUGAAAUUAAGUGGUUUUUACCAUUGUUGAUAAAAUGGAUAAUAUCGGAAGAAACGAGUCGAUUAUCGAGAUGAUUCAGGACGAUGAAGAAGGAAGACCGUUUCCUCGAUCGGUUACCAUUAUCGCCGCUGCUUGCGCCAUUAUUUUCAGCAUCGUAGGCAUUCUCGGUAAUUUAGUGACGGUCAUUGCACUUUUGAAGUACACGAGAUUGCGUAGACACGCGACGACGGCGUUCGUCAUAAGUUUGAGUAUUUCCGACCUAAUAUUCUCAGCUGUAAAUCUGCCGUUGACCGCAAGCAGAUAUUUGAACGAGGCCUGGGUUCUCGGCGAGACACUCUGUCAAAUAUUUCCCCUCUUUUUUUAUGGCAACGUGGCAGUUUCGCUGCUCAGUAUGGUGGCAAUUACGAUUAACAGAUACGUUCUCAUAUCGAAAUCUGAUAUUUACGCGCGUUUGUACACGACGCGAGGAAUCACACUGAUGCUGAUCGCCAUCUGGGGACUCAGUUUUUCGCUGUUGGUUCCACCGUUGCUAGGAGUUUGGGGAACCCUUGGACUCGAUCGAGCUACAUUUUCCUGCACGAUACUCAAGAAAAAUGGCAGGAGUCCCAAGAAGCUCCUCUUCGUCGUCGGCAUCAUCGUUCCCUGCAUCGUUAUUAUCAUUUCUUAUCUCUGCAUUUACUGGAAAGUACGAAAAAGCCGUAAGAAUCUCGAGGCGCAUUCGGGGGGACGUAAAAAAGGCGGGGGCUUUCAAAAACGAGAAGAUUCAAGGGUCACAAGAUUGAUGCUUACCAUAUUCCUGUGCUUUCUCCUGUGCUUCAUGCCUCUCAUGCUCGUCAAUGUUAUCGAUGACAAAAUUAGGAUACCGAUAUUGCACGUUGUCGCUUCCAUCCUGGCGUGGGCAUCUUCCGUCGUGAAUCCCUUCAUUUAUGCUGGAACUAACAAACUUUAUAGAGAAGCAUACAGACAAAUUUUCUGUCCAGUCUCGAGAAAGCAACCAUCGAUCGGUGUCAGACCGACUUGUUCACACUCGAGUAAAGUUUCCACUCCACAAGCAACGUAGUUCUUUGUAAUGUUUUAUUGAAAAAAGAGUCUCGGAACGAAAAUCAAUAAAUUUGGAGAAAUUCACGUUUUGUUGCUAGCAGGGCUCAUUUGCGGAAAUUAGCAAACUGGAAGUUCAGUGGAAUUUCAUGAAAGAAUAUGCAUUUCAAGGAAAAUGAACUUUCGUUGGGUAAAAUCGAUUGAUUCAGCUUCGAGCCUCCUUUACGAUUAUUAUUUUAAUUUUAGUUUUCACGAAUAAAACAAAGUAGGGAGAACCAUGUUUUAUAAUUUCAUAGAAAGUACUAUUUAUUGACGAAUCGUUUUGUCCAAUUCUCUCGCAUUGGAGAAAAAAAAUCAUUUUGGUUUAAUGUCAAUUUGGCAAUGUUCACAAAACUUGUUGAAACGUCGUCGUAGAAAUGAAAGUCAAAUUUUGUAAAAUUUGACUUUACUUUUUUGUACAAUUCAAUUUUACAUACAAUCUCUACGACACGAGGAAGAAUUCAAACGAUGAGAAAACGAUGUAUGAAAUGUACAAAAGUAUUAAAAUUUUUCAAUUAAUUUCGAACUAAUGUAUACAGUACUUAAAAAAGUAACAUCGAAAUCGUCGUUUUUUUUUACAAGAUACAUGAGAAUUGAGAUUCAAGACGAUUAGAAAAAAAAAUCGCUCCACGAGAUCUUCAAGUCCAAAUAUAAAUGAGAGAUCUUUUUGACACGAAAGAGCCAAAAAAUUGUAAAAAUUUUGCGAAUGUUUCGCUUGUCACAUCCUUAUAAUUGUUUGCGAGCGUUAUUUUAUUCAUUUGGUUAAACUUAGGCUUCGUUUUUUGUACUUCGAUUGGUAAGUGAAGAGUAAACCUAAAGUUUGGUGAGUCUUCCCAUUAAAUAUACUAACGAGAAACGUAUGAAAAAGUUAUUGGAAAAAAUCGAAAAAACUUUAAAUGCGAAAGUGGUGUUUCUUGUUCUCCUAUAAUUCGACGGAGGAGAGUAAAUUUUCGUUUCAUGAUUUUAAAAAAGUCGUAUUCGUUUUAGCUGCUAACAAAAAAAUGUAAAAAGAGUACUAAUCUAUGUUUAUAUACACAUAAAUUGAUGUAUAUAUUUGUAUAAAAUAGUAAAAAAAAAAAAGAAGAAAAAACAAAAAUUUUAUUUUCUUAGAGCUUGAUAUACUGAUUUGUAUAUUGAGCUUGGACGGAGAAUAGUGAGUGGUUGGUCUUACGUGCGUUUCAAUUCACGCCAGAGAAUCCAACGUUUUUUUUUUGAGAAACUCUGUUCUCGACUAUAUAUAAGUUAUAUAAAAUAAAAUAAUAAAAUAUCAAUAUUUAUGUGUUCACACGCGUGGUAACUCUGCCGCGGUCAAGUACUAUUUUCUUCUCUUCCUCGUCCCAGUAAAAAAAAAGGAUUUUUAAAAAAUCUAUGAGAAACGAACCGCUUCAGGAAAUAUUUUACAUAUAAUUUUUGUCUCGUACUCUUCGGGCUUACGAUAUACGAGAUAAAUGGAAUGUGCUGAAUUGUUUAUUGGCUCAUUCACGCCCUUAAUUCACUUCCAAUUCGGCAACGUAUGGCUCAGUGAUGGCAGUGAUCGGACAAAGACUCAAGGUAUUCUGAAAGGAAAAAAAACACUGAUCAUCUGUAAUCGAAUUGUCAGAACGAAAGAAAUAAAUGUUAUGGGGAUACUUUGCGAACUUAAUAAAAAAUAGAUUUCGUUAUCUCAAUUUACAUCCAAUAUACUGAUUUUAAUGGUUUUUGUUGUAAAUAAAAUGACGUCAUUGUCGCCAUUAUUAUGAUUCAUGUGAAAAAUUGUGAACUUUUGAAUAUUUAAUAAAAUGUAUGGAAGUAUUCGUUCUGUGAUCGAAA